AAAUAUGACAUAUUUGACAUUAUGAAAAUUUGCACUAUGUCAUAAUAGAAUUUAAAAAUGACUCCAGAAUACGAAGUAAUUACUGACCCAUACAAAGUCCAAGAAAUUCGAACACAAAGAUUCUUAACAUUAAAAUGGUCCACUGAAGAGCAAUUAUUAAAAGACAGACCCAAGCAUGUAAAAGAUUUCUUCAAGCACCGGCAAGUACCCUUUAAGUUACUCUGUGAAACAAAAUUCAAACGAUCACUAUUUGGAAUAUUUCUACAUUCGCACAACAAAAAUGAAAUUCAAGAUUAUUUUAUGAAUGACAGUAAAUUAGCGAUGUUAGAUUAUGACUUGAAAACAUACUCGGAGAAUGAGUUGACGCAAUUAGAAUGCAAUAAUAACUUUACACCCGACUUGCGGAAAUUACUCGAAAGAGCGGUUGACGAACAGGAAGUCAUCGAUUAUGACUUUUUGUACGAUAACGUCUACGCGUUAAGAUUCUGCGAUACUCCGCUGACGUUUAUUGAUGACCAAUUAUUAAAAUUUCACCACCUGAAAGUGUUAAUUCUCUGUGGUAAUUGGUUAACGGAUAUUCCCGGAUGUUGUUUGCCCAAGUCAUUAGAAUACAUCGAAUUGUUUGCCAAUCAAAUUGAAUUUAUUAAUAAUUUUGCUACUAGAGGACCUAAGGGGUUGAUACAUAUUGGUUUGAGAAGAAAUUGGUUAACAAAUGAUAGUCAUCUCCAUCUGUUGGGGAAACCAAACAAGUUUCACUACUUGCAGAGUCUAGAUUUGUCCGAAAACGACAUCUAUGAAUUGGACGAGUUACUGCAAACUCUUGCCGAACUUAAACAACUUAUGUGUCUUCAGUUGCAGGGAAACCCUUGCUCGGUUACCAGUAGUUACAAGGACGAAAUAUUGAGGCGCAUUCCAUGGUUGGUUCAAUUGGAUUUGACCGAAAUCCUGGAUAAAGACCGAAUUGUGCCCGAUGAGAAAAAACUACCAAUAGAUGCAGGAAUUACAUUUACCUGUCAUAGAAUUAUGAACUGUCCGAAACCAACUAAAGAAAAAAGCGUCGAGAAAUGGUUUUAUUUUUCGGUAGAAAUGCCAUUGUUAGAAGACGUAAUUGAAGUAAAAAAUAAAAAUGGUGAUAUUGAGGUUGUAAAAAGCGUGGAAACCCAACUUUCAAAAAAAGUAAAAGAGAAGAGAGCGGACUCAUCGAUGACAGGGAAGAGAACAAUUGCAACUAAAACGAAGAGCGGCGUCACGAGCAAAAAGGGCAUACCGUCGAGUAGUCCUUAUAAUAGACAGGACGAGUACGCCGACGAGUGCAAACGGCACGUGGUAGACACUACGUUCAAGACGGCUCGGUUUGCAUGGGAUAAGAUAAUGCAAUUGCCCGAAGAGGCGCUCGUAAUCAAAUCAGCCGAACGGAAUUUCGUUGAUAUCAGGGACACGAUGCGGAGUAUCGUAUGCGUGAAGUUGAUUUACUUAGAGGUUCGUCCAGCUGAAAAACCAAAGAAACCGAACAAAAACAAAAAUAAAUCUCCGGUAAAACGGACAUCAACGUCAACUGAAAUUAUUCAAGAACCUAAAGAAACAAUUAUUAAAAAAAUAACGUUGGCACAAUUUGAUUGUGAACUGCAUAGUAUCAAUUGGAGUGAUAAAACUAUAGAUUACAUUUGGGCUGACCAAGAACAGUUUGAAAAUAAAGCACAAUUUGUUGAAGGAAGCCUAAGAUUAAUAAAUUAUUCGGAGAACCCGCAAAAAGAAAGCAAAAGGAAAAUAGAAAACGAAACUGCACCAGAUGCAUCAUCACCGACAACAUUACUGCAGCAACAAGUGAAACAACCAGUUCCGAAAGUAUUUACUAUUCAAGUUGGUUUUGGUCUGCAACGAAAUUAUUAUCAAUCUUGACACAUUUAUUCAACUCGCACAGAAGACGUAAAUUAUUACUCAUACAAAAUGUAAAUUGUGAGUGUAUGUAGAAAACAUGUAUCGAAGGAAACAAAGAUUCUAUUGAACAAG